UUCAUCAAGGAUGUGAAAAUGGCAGAAGGUGGGACUCAGAGUGUGUUGUGUCGAUAUUUUAUAAAUGGUGCUUGUCGGGAGGGAGAGCGGUGUCGUUUUUCCCACAGUCGAGAUGCAGCACGCCCUUCAAUGGUGUGUCGAUAUUACCUGAGAGGAACAUGCUUCUAUGGGAGAACGUGCAGAUAUGAUCACAUCCGCCCAGACCACCAUAAUCAAUCAGAUUAUACUGAGCAAGAAGAUCCUACUGGAGGUACCCCUUGCUCUCAGGCCAUGUUGGAUGGCAGAUUUGACCUAAGACAUCGAGAUGGUCAUCAAGAAACAAAAAUGCAGUCUAGUCAACCAAGUGCACUUGGUGUAAGUGUACAUGCCAAGGAAUUCAUAUAUAAUCCUCCAAGUGGCCCACCUGCUACUAGUGGUACCAGAAGUUUGGGCACCACCACCAGUAGUAGCAAUAGCACCAAUAAUAACAGCAGCAGCAGUAUUUUACCAAGAUUGAGCAGUAGACAAAAGAGUUUAGAGAGUUCAUGUGGAGAGAGUCCUGCACCAUCAUCAUGGGUGGAUGCUCCUGAAUUUGUACCUAGAUUUGCCAAAGAUAAUAUUUCUAAGC